AUGGCGAACCACUUCCUACUUGUCGUGGGCUUGGCCCUGCUGGUGAGGGGCAGCGUGUACGAUGAGUUCAAACAAUGGGAUCCCAUUCAUUGGAUUGUGAAAAGCACCGAUCAUGUGGAAUUGCCUUGCUACCAUCCACGAUACUAUCCAUUCAACAAAUUGGACAGUAUUUUAAAGGUCCUAUGGAUACUGCCUGAACACACCUCGUAUAUGCGGAUGGGCCCAGGAAGCGCUUCCGAGGGAUGGAAGGUGAUGGGUAAAGAUAAGAAGUACAAGAUUGUCAUCGAAAAAUCAAAGAUGAGCCAGCCAGAGACGGUGAAUGGAAUGUACUUAUGCGCUGCUCUGGCCGAGGUGGCCCUUUCGACAGGAGGGAAUAAAACGUAUUACUGGCCAUUCACGUACGCCUGGGUCUCCGUCCUCGUGGCACUUGCCGCCGUUGGCCUCUUCUCGUCGGCGGUCCACUUCCGCUAUAAGGGCGGUCCCAAGGCUUCAUCUGAUGCGGAGAACUUUGAUACUAGCAGUGACACUCUAACGGAAGACGACAAUCAGUCAUACUCAAUGAAGGCAGAAAAGACUCGAGGGUUUGAACUUUCUUUGGAGAUCAACUUGUUUUGGAACAGCCUCUGUAUAUCUGUCAAUAAGAGGCAUAGGUCUAGAUUGCAACAAACUCACUCCUUAUUUGUGUCUUUUUCCUUACAAAUAGAUCGCCUAAAUAGACUGAAAAUGGCCUAUUUCCUCCUACUCGCCAUCACCAUGGCUGCACUCGUGAGCGCGGACAUUCACGACGACUUUCCUCAGUGGGAUAGAAUUCCCUGGGUCGUGCGAAGUACUGACACCAUCACAUUGAAUUGCACCCACCCAGUACAUUACCCCUUCACUGACAUUCAAAGCGCAUUGAGUGUGCAGUGGAUCUUGCCCAAAGCGGCAUCAUACCGACAUCUGAAGGAAGGAGAAACCGAGGAGGGAUGGCAUGUCACCACGAAAGAACGCAAUUAUCAACUUAAAAUUAACAAGGCCAUCAUGAAUGUGCCCGAUGCCGUAAAUGGGAUGUACGUGUGUGCUGCACUGGCACCGGCCAGCAAGAAUCCGGACGGGAGUGCAGCAACAUAUGCUUGGUAUUACCUACGUUGGGGUGUGGGUCUCUACACAAAUGUGCCCGCCAUGAAUGAGGGCACCACUGCCCAGAAAUACUACUGGCCCUUCACCUACGCCUGGGUCUCCAUUCUCGUGGGCCUAACCAUCAUUGCGCUCUUCUCGCUGACCAUGCACUUCAAAUACAAAGGCGGUCCUGUCAAAGGUGACGACGACGAGGGCGUAGGCGAAGAUGGUCUCAGCCUAGACGACGAGGAUGAGAAAACCUCAACCAUAGGAAAGAAGGAUCGCAAUCUGAAGAUCGAUGACGACGACAUUGAUGGCAGGUUGUAA